GGCGAUAGGUUAACAUCAUCCACAGACGAGACGAGCUGAACUGCUCGAAAAAGUGUCGGAUUUUCAUCUAUAACUCUCCACAAUGUCGAAGAAACCCUCGAAGACGCUGUUCACCAAAGAAACGCUGAAUUAUUUCACGAGCACGCACUUCUGGGGCCCGGCGUUCAACUGGAUGAUACCCGUGGCGGCCAUAUCCGACACGCAAAAGCAUCCGAGAAUCAUUAGCGGCAAGAUGACGGUGGCACUGGCCCUGUACUCGAUGGUGUUCAUGAGGUUCGCAUGGAAAGUACAGCCUAGAAAUUUGCUGCUACUGGCGUGCCAUGCUGUGAACAGCGGUGCACAAAUUACGCAAGGCUGCAGGUUUCUCAACUACCAUUACCUGUCACCAGAAGCAUCUGAAUAG